AUGCAACCUAUCUAUCUGCUGAAGAUAUUUAGGACAUUAUUAAAAAGUGCUUAUCCACCAAUAGAUUCUAAAGAUAUAAAACUAUUAUUAGAAGAAACUGGUUCGAUUCAGCAAGCAGAUCUUAUAGAAUGCAAUGUUAUUUCUAAAAAGAAGAUAAAAAAGACCAAAAAGAAUAAACCCAAGUCUAUUCAUAUUUCUGAUAUUAAAGAUUUGUGUAAAAAUAAUAAUGAAAUACCAGGAACAAAAAAAGAUAUUAUUUUGCCUACUAAAUUCUCUAAAGAUAUCUUGGAUUUGUUUAAGAGAACUAAUAAUAAUAUAGAAAAAAUUAGAGUAUCUGGUUAUGUUCUUAUCCCACCUUUGAGUGAUUUCAUCACUUGA